ACUCAGUUCUUCUAUAGAUAUCUUUAAUUCAUUAAUAUAAAGAUGGCCGAGAGACGUUUAAUCAAAGAGUUAAACCAGUACAAACGAAAUCCUCCAUCGUCAGCUAACCAUCAGAUCAAAUCGCUAGCUCCAGUAUCAGACGAAAACUUAUUUGAGUGGAGUGCAGUGAUAUCUAAACCAACAAAAGUAGAUAACCCCUAUUAUUAUGAUGGACAAUGGACGUUAGAUAUAAAAGUACCAAUUGAAUAUCCAAUAGCUCCACCCACUAUAAAAUUCAUAUCACCUAUUUGUCAUCCUAAUAUUAAUAUAACUACCGGAGAAAUAUGUUUAGAUAUAUUAAAAAAAGAUAGUUGGUCACCAGCAUGGAAUUUACAAAACUUAUUAGUGGCUAUUCUUAUGUUGUUAGAUAAUCCCGAACCUGAUUCCCCCUUAAAUAUUGAUCUGGCAACAUUAUACAGACAUGAUAAAGUAGCAUUCGAAAGUUUAGUACAGUACUACAUAUGGAAGUUUGAUACGUUUUAUGUAGUAGAUAAUAAUUUAUCGUCAAGUAUGCUCAGAGAUCCUAGUGGAUCCAAAUCUUUUGAAAUUGAAGAAGAAUUACAAUUAAAAUCCAUCAAUAAUGAUGUCGUUGAUGCAGUUCAUGAAAUCAAAUUAGAAGCUGAAGCGAUAGCCCAGGAAAUCGCUGAUGAAAUUGGCACAGAUAUACGAACUUCUCCAAAAAUAGAAAAAUCAGAGAUAGUAGUACCUAUUCUUGAACCAGUAACAUCUAUACCAGAAGUUGCAUCUACUCCAGAAUUAGUUACAUCUACUCCAGAGAUAAUAAAACCUAGUUCAAAAUUACCAACUUCAGCUAGUUAUAAUGAUUUGACAACAGCAGAUUCGACAUCAGGCUCCUCGAGAUCAAAAUUUAAGAUUAAGCUUAAGCCAACUCAUAAGAGAAAAUCUAAAGUUAAAUCAAGUUGAAAAGGAGGUAACCAACUAAAAGAGUUAUGACAGUAAUGAUUUGAUUAAAAAGAGAUAUAUUAGAGAUAUUAAUUUAUUUUAAUAGAAAACAUGCUUUAUAGUGUAUAAAUUAACAU